GUGGACUCGUCGAUGAUGCCAAUCAUGGGUUACCUGGUGGAUCUGCGCCACAUCUCGGUCUACGGCAGCGUCUACGCCAUCGCUGACGUGGCCUUUUGUAUGGGCUUUGCGUUGGGGCCGUCUGCCGGCGGCGCGAUCGCCAAAUCCAUCGGAUUCCCGUGGCUGAUGACGAUCAUUGGAAUGGUGGACAUCGUCUUCGCUCCUCUGUGUCUGUUCCUCAGAAGUCCUCCCGCCAAGGAAGAGAAGAUGGCGAUCCUCAUGGAGCAGAACUGUCCGGUGAAGAAACGCAUGUACACGCAGAGCAGCACGCAGUCCUAUUACGCCGCCGCCGCCGAGGAGUCAGAGAGUGACGGAUGAGCGCCGACCCGACUUCCCGCCGCUAGUUGUUUCCACAUUUCAUUGUCGUAUCAUUUCUCUGUCAGUGACAUAGUAACAAGCCAAAG